AGAAAAUAAGUGUACAAUAUAAUUAAGUUUCACGCAAUCCAAUGCAUAACAUGUAUGUUGUGUCAGUGUAAACAAUUACAUGGCUUGAGACUUGCUAUAAAUUAGGGUAUGGAGUGGUGUGAGUACCUAUAAAAGAUUAAGUUACUGUAUUUCAAAUUGAGAAUAUCAGUUUUGAACCAAUUUGGUCAUUACAAAGAUAGAUUCUGUUUCAGCUUUCCAAGAAUUCAUUUCAUGCAUUUAAUGUUGUUCCAGAGAAAUUUCACAAAUGGGGUCACAGAUUUUUGUUGGGCUUCUAUAUUUAUGAAGGAAUUUGCAUCAUUUGAAAUUAUUACAAUACACGGAAUUGAACAUUUCAAGACCUAAUAAAGGCCAGAACUGAGGAAGAAAAGUUCAGCAUUUGCAAGGCUUCUUACCCAUUUGUUUUGGUGAAAAUUUAAUUAAUCAAGUUCAGAGUAACCGUAUUGAGUUGAAAGUUUUCUCAAAUCUUGCAAUGGGGCAUUUGAAAAACAUUGAAGCCAAGAAGAGACAACUGCCCCCGAGCGAGGCUCAAUUUUUUUUGAAAGAAGAGAUUAUACAGCUUCAGAGACAACUGGAGGACCAAAUUGUAGUAAGAACAGCUCUCGAGAAAGCAAUGAAUUUCCAACCUCUCUCGGACGAUCCAACAAAUAAAUCACUUAACCAGACUGCUGGUGAUCUCAUAAAGGAAAUUGCUGUUUUGGAAAUGGAAGUUGCAUACUUAGAGAAAUAUCUUAUAUCAUUGUAUAGGAGAGAGUUAUCCAAAAGGUUAUCGACCUUUCCUACAAUGGAUGAACGAGAAAACGCAAAUGUAGAAACUCUUAUAAGGAAGUUACCAGAGUUUUCCAAACCGGGUUUAACAUCAGUGAAAGAAAAUUCAGUAUCGUUUGUGCCACCUCAAGAUUCAAUAGACAAUUUACAUGUGAAAUGCAAUGACAUUUUGGGAGCAGAAACACUGGUUGAUACUGGUAUAGGCAGAAGCCAAUCAUCACUAUCUCAGCGUUCGACUUGUGCUUACAGAACUUCUCCGUCUCAAACUGUUUCUGAAGCUGUAGACUUGUAUCAUUCUUUACCUUUGUCGAUGUUGGAGAGGGCUAAGGGCUCGACCUCGAGUGCCAGUUUGGCAGAGCAACUAGGUUCCGGUUUUCCUGACCGUGCUCGAGAAACACCUAAUUGGCUUUCCGAGGAGAUGAUUAAGUGCAUCUCAACUAUAUAUUUUCAUCUCUCUGACUCACCUUUGAUCAAUCAUGAAUUCAGUUCAGCCAUUUCACAUUCAUCCCCAGUGAGUAAAUUUUCUCCAAGGCAAUGUGAAGAAAAUACAUGGAUGAAUAGUCCUUUCUAUAUUGGAGCGUCUAAAGAAUUUUCCGGACCUUUCUUCGCAAUGGUUGAAGUUCGACGCAUUCUUAGAAAUAGCCAAAGAAGGGCCUAA